AUGACGAUAAGGCCUCCUCCUCGUCCUUGCCUAUCCCCUGGCGGGUAGACGGGAGGGAUAUAGAGAGGAGGCUCUCAAGGGAAAGGCCAGCGGCGGCGCCAAUGGGGGGAUAAUACGGUUAUAUAGAGCGGAGCACCCGGAGUAUGACGGAGGAAGGGAUCCGGGGAGAGGACGCCAACAAAGAGCCACCGCCACCGUCGUUAAUGGUGGGGAGCUUAAAAGCCGAGUCUUUGCGAAUUAUUUAUCGCAAUGGACGAUCCUCCCUCGCCCUCGGCCUCCAGACUGAUGGGUCCAUUAGGGUUGCCAGCGUCACGAGGCCCGCGGCAACGACACGGGUCAUGCUGGAUCUUGGCGGGCGCCCUGUGACGAACGGCCAGGAAUGUCGAACGGAUUAUACCCCGCGGGGGGCUCCUCGCAGGGGAAGGGAGGGCCGUGGGAGCCCGAUAGUACCCUCCGAGCCUCUCUGAAUCUUCGGUCCAACGGUCACUGAGAUAUUUCGGAUGUUUGCCGAGCGCGGUACUCCGACGGUGCACUUAACCGCACGGAGCAGAGAGGAUCAAGGGAAGGGCACGGCCGUCGUCUCGACUACGUCAUCGCGGGGCGGUGACGCGAUCGCCAGUAGAUCCAAAUCCGCCUUCCUGUUUCGUGCAAGCCACGUGCACAGAUCCCGGUCACCGCGGUAUUCUGUUGCAGAUAUUUCGCAGGUUAAAACAGUGAUUACCGGAGUUUAACUCAUUCCCUAAUCUGGGUAGCUGGGCCCGUUUUGGGACCACCGUCCCGUGCAUAUUUCGGAUUCGGAGGGCCGCGCCUGGUCAUCGGUCUCGCCACCGGCGGCGCGCCGCUUUGAAACGUCACGGUAAGAGCGCGGGAUUUGACCGCUUACGUUGACCGCGUGCCCCGCCCGCCGCGGGUUUGGCUGUGCCCGCUUACGUGUCCCGGCGGGCUCCCUCGGGUCGGCUCGGCACUGCUCGACAUUCAUUCUGGCGAGGCUGCUUGUCGCGAAGCAGAGACAAUCAGUCAGUCCCCGUUGAGUCAACUCUGCGGCGGAGCGACUGAGGGAAGAAGCCCGAGAUGA